GCCGUGCAGGUCUCCUGCUGCUCACUCUGGCGUCCUGAAACACCAUUUGCAAUUUAAAGCUGCAAAAGGAGAUCUGACUCCAACAAGUUAGCAUGAAGCCCCAUUGCGUGAGCCAGGCCACUCUGCUUCUCCUGCUGCUGGCCGGCUGUGGCAGCGCGCUCCAGACCUCUGCCAUCGACCUGCGCACCUUCGUCGGCUGCGCUGUGCGCGAGUUCACCUUCCUGGCCAAGAAACCCGGCUGCAGGGGGCUGCGGGUGACGACGGACGCGUGCUGGGGACGCUGCGAGACCUGGGAGAAGCCAGUGCUGGAACCGCCUUACAUCGAGUCUUACCACCGUGUUUGCACCUACAAUGAGACCAAGAUGAUGACAGUGAAGCUGCCCAAGUGUGCCCCAGACGUGGAUCCUUUCUACACCUACCCGGUGGCCAUCCGUUGUGACUGCGACAUCUGCUCCACUACGACGACCGAAUGCGAGACUGCCUGA